ACAAUACAUUCCCAAGACUCAGCAAUAAAACGACCCUUUACUUUGCUGUGUCUUCUUCUAUCCCUGCUACCAGUAGUUAUAUUCAACACCUCUUCUUCCUCUUUAUCACUUUUCCCUGUACCUUCUCUUAUUUGAUAAUAUUAAUAUUAAUAUAUUGCAGACACAAACACAAUCACAGAGAGAGAGAGAGAGAGAGAGAGAGAAGGCAAAUACCCAGAACAGGAAAUCCUUUGAGGCACUAAUCUGAGUACUAAAAAUCACUUUUUGAAAGGAAAAACAAACAUGGGUGAGGGCCAUAUGGGGUUCAUGUUCUGUUUUUCUCUCCUUCUUGUUCUGUCUUCUGGGUCAUCCAGAAACUUGCCCAUCAUAGCCUUUGAGGAAGGGUAUACACACUUGUUUGGGGACAAUAACUUGAUCAUCCAUGAGGAUGGGAAAUCGGUUCAUCUUUCACUUGAUGAGAGAACAGGCUCUGGAUUUGUGUCUCAUGAUCUUUACCUGCAUGGGUUUUUCAGUGCUUCGAUUAAGUUGCCUGCUGAUUACACUGCUGGGGUUGUGGUUGCAUUUUAUAUGUCAAAUGGUGACAUGUACGAGAAGAACCAUGAUGAAAUCGAUUUUGAGUUUUUGGGAAACAUUAGAGGCAAAAACUGGAGGGUUCAGACCAAUGUUUAUGGCAAUGGAAGUACCAAUAUUGGUAGAGAAGAAAGAUUUGGUCUGUGGUUUGAUCCUUCUGAAGAUUUCCACCAGUACAGUAUUCUCUGGACAGAUUCUAAGAUCAUAUUUUAUGUAGAUAAUGUUCCUAUGAGAGAAGUUGAGAGAACAGAAUCCAUGGGAGGGGAUUUUCCCUCAAAGCCAAUGAAUUUGUAUGCCACCAUAUGGGAUGCAUCUGAUUGGGCCACCAAUGGAGGCAAAUACAGAGUAAAUUACAAAUAUGCACCCUAUGUUGCUCACUUCUCUGACCUUGUCCUGCAUGGCUGUGCAGUUGAUCCUAUUGAGCAUGUAACCAAGUGUGACAUUGCUCAAACCUCUGAUGCAGUUCCUUCUGGUACCAUCACCCCAUCACAAAGAGUCAAAAUGGAGAAGUUUAGGUUGAAGCACAUGACUUACUCUUACUGUUAUGACAGAAUCAGAUAUAAAGCUUCUCCACCAGAGUGUGUGAUCAAUCCCAAACAAGCUGAGAGGCUAAGAAAAUUUGAUCCUGUCACAUUUGGUAAUGGCAGAAACCACCAUGGAAAAAGACACCACCAUAGCAGAGGCAACCAAGCUGAGGCUGUUUCAUUUUAAUAUUGUCCCAUAUAAAGAAAUUCUAAUAAAUAAUUAUCUUUUCAUCUUUCAGUUUGAUUUGCCUGAGUUAGCAAUAUAUCAUUUUCCCUUUUACUUUCAUUUUGAUGUAUAGAGAGAGAGAGGAUUGGUCAUAGAAGUCCAUAAUAUGAUAGUUAUGAUAUGGUUGUUGCUGGUUGGUUUUUGUAUAGUUCAUCAUCCCUUUAGGUUCCCUGGUAUUUUGUCAUUUGAUGUCUUGUGCACUACAAAUGGAAUCUAUUGAUGAUUUAAAUA